CCUUCUUCUUUUUAACUUUUCAUUAUUUAUAUUUAUAUUUCCAGAAAUAAAGCAUGGAGCAAAGUAUUAUUCCUCGCACCUUGUGGACUAAUGACAGCAAAUUUCUCCACCAUCAUGUCACGGACUUCUUCACCAGUGUACAAGUUACACAGGAUAUACCAGCUGGAACAUCAUUUGGACCUUGUGUUCUUCAUUAUACCUUUUAUGACACUAUAGCCUUCAUUGCAUUGAAGUCCUUUGACAAAUGGAAUAAAUCAUAUGUGUUUCGGGUAGAUCCUGAGGCGAUGAAAGGUUCUCCAGUAGUGCCAUGGCUACGGUUAGUACAGGCUGCAAUGAGCGCAGAUGACCAGAAUACUGAGGCCUACUUGAAAGGAGGACAGCUGCACUUUCGGACUAUUCGAGAUGUGAAACAAGGGGAAGAACUGCUUGUUUGGUAUGACAAGGAGUUGUCACAUCUUCUGGGGUUCGAAGACAUAAAAACAAAAACCCUAACAGAUGGCUACACAUGUACGAGAUGCGGCCAGGCCUUCAAGAACGAAAAUCCUUUCCUUGCCCACUGCCGUUUUUUAUGUGCGCAGGAAAAAGUAGAUAUUAUCCGACCAACCACCGAACAGAAACUAGAAGUCAAGCGACAACGCAAAAUCAUAGAUUUUCACAACAUUGCAAGAGAUCUGGAGCACAAAAUAAACAGUUCUCCUGAAGACUCGGGCAUACCUAGAAAAAGAAAACAAGAGGGUUCCCCAAGUCCCCGGAGCAACAAAACUGUUUUGUUAGAGAAAACCAACAUCACUAAUCACAGCAAAACCGCCAACGUCAACAAAGACUGUCCACUUUUCCAGGAUUUGUCAGGAUCAGACAACUUAUCAACAAAUGAGUCAAAGAUAAGGAAAAGCAGCGCAUUUACCGAGGUUCAAAAACCACCAGAGCAGUCAUCACGGGAUGUAACGGAAGUAGGCCUGCAAUCCGACUUCAGCGCCUUCUCGUUCGUUGUACCCAAGAGCGCGCACUCGGAACAGAAGAGCGCGUUUUGUGAACCCAACAAACGCACCAUCACCGAAGUUCGGAAUUCUUCACCACCAGAUUCGGAUAAUAUCUCACACUCUUUCAAAUCAAAACCUUCACUAGGAUACAGAAAUGUAUUGGCUUCGCACCUGUUUCACGCUGACUUGCCAAGCGCUCAUGCAGGUGGAGUGAUGUCGGCUCCUCUGGCUGGAGGAGGAUCCUUUUAUUACUCGCCCGAGCAUUGGACCAGAUCUAUAGGUGGACAGCUGCAAUCCACAUCUUCUUUGACACUUCUACCCCCUACUAUCACACAAUUGGGCGUUUCAGCGCAGAACUGGUGCGCCAAAUGCAACCUCUCAUUCCGAAUGACCUCCGAUUUGGUGUUUCACAUGCGCUCCCAUCAUAAGAAAGAGUUCGCCGCAGAGGCUCAGGUGAGGAGGAGAAGAGAGGAGAAACUCACCUGUCCCAUCUGUCACGAGUACUUUCGAGAGCGUCACCACCUCUCACGUCACAUGACAUCACAUAAUUAAGAAGAAAAAUGCCAUCGCACUUUUACAAGGUAGCCUAUAUAAAAGUAAUAAACAUGCAAAGACCAUUUUGCAUUUAUGGUCAGCCAGCUGACAAAAUAUGCUAUAAGACCGUUUUGCUAACGUACCCUUUGAGAAUGAAAACGUUAUUUCUUAGUGUUCUCUAAAUAUUCGAAAUGUUAAAUUUUUUAAAUGUUGGAAAAAUGUUAAUUAGCCUAUCCUAACCUUCAAGGGAAGGGAACGUUCCAUUAGAGCAUACAGCAAACAUUAUGAGAAUGUUACUUUUGAUUGUUCUUUGAACAUUUUAAAACAAGUAGUUAGACGAACGUCCAGCUAAAACAUUCCAGUUUUGAGAACAUUAAAGACCAGAUAACUUUGUAAACUUUCUAUUAUCGUUACUGGAGAUGUGGAAGAACGUUGAAAGUUUGUUUUAAAAAAAAGCCUCUGUUAGCCCGGUGGCUUAUGGGCUAUAACAAACAUUGAGAGAAAGUUACCGGAAUGUUUCGAAAACAUUUCUUGUUAACUGGGUAGGUUGCUAUUAGAUAGGGGAAGUAUUUUUCUGUAGCAAUACAUUACAGAAUGAUAAAAAAACUCGAACCUUUCAACCAUUUACCUUUGGUAAAGUUUCAUUGUCUUUUUCUCCAAAGGUCAUAGUCAUCUCGGCAAUGCAGUCUUUUAAAUGGUGGGCUUUGGUAGUGUAAUUCAGGAUAGGCCUGCAUCGCCACUAGGUGGCUAUAGACAUGAAUAACUCUAUUUAGAGGUAGCGGUACCUUAUACAUUUAGUUGUGACUAAUACUGUUGAAUUUCCUGGUCAUUUUCAAUUUAACAGUGCCUUACAAAUGUCAGGAUGAUUAGGCCUACAUGUAAAUGCUAUUGAAAAACGGUAGAAUAAAAUAUUCAGCAUUUUUAGGGUUGCUAACAGCUGAAUAAAACUAAUAGCAUUGCUUUGUAAAGAGAUUUUAUAUUUGAAAUGUCCAUCUCUUCAGAAUGUCAAAUCUUUGUUACAAUGUUCUUUUCAGAUGACAUUUUUUUAUUUUCUUUUUAUCAGCACAACGACAAGGAGGAUGUAUUUAUUAAAAUAUUUUCUUGUUCUGUUCUUUUUGAGAAGUCAUUGUAUUUCAUUAAAGAUUUUGAGCAUA